AUGGUAGGCUGGGAAGAGCUUCCGAAUAAGAACUUCCCGAUUAUUUUCCAUCCGGUGUUUGGUAAGGACGAGAGAGAAGGCAGCAGCCCUUCUUUCUUUAAUGUGGCUGAGGUGGAAACUAUUGAGCGAUACCUGAGGAAACUGUUAGACGACAAUGUGAGGAGCAGAGGACUAAAGCACUUGAGACCUGAGAUGAUUGGGGUGAUAUCUCCUUAUAGAAGACAAGUGCAAAAGAUUCAGAAAAUGAUUGAAAGAAGACGCUUUGGUGGCGAAAUCAAAGUUGGCAGCGUGGAAGAGUUUCAGGGGCAAGAAAGAAGAGUAAUCAUCUUGUCAACAGUCAGGAGCACCAAGAAAGAAUAUCUGGAGAUGAACAAGGACUUCGGCCUCGGAUUCCUCAACAAUCCCAAGCCAUCGAAUCCCGAGAUUUAUAAUUUUGGUAUUUUCCUUAACUUAUGGCAAAACGCUCGUGUCAUGCCCAAAGAAGCUCAGAGAUUCAACGUGGCCAUAACUCGUGCCCAGGCUCUCUUGAUUCUCAUAGGGAAUCCGGACAUGCUCUACUUGGACGAGAACUGGAGAACUUUUGUAGAUUAUUGUCGAGAAAACAAAGCUAUUGUUGACGUGGAAAGGAAAGAAAAGGUGGAAGACAUUGCAGACACUUUAAAAAGACUCAAACUCUUGUCCUCAGCCGCUUCAGACAGUUUUAAUUUCAAGAUGUUCCGCCUAACUUUGGAUGAUGUAAAGAGUGUCGCAAAAACAUUCAUUGAGUUCUUGGAGGAAAAUGACUUAAAACAUGAAAUGCCCAGAACCGACUUGAAGAGCGUAUUUGAAUCAAAAUACCGUCUUAAAUAUUGUACACCUGGAGUUUCUUUCUCAUCCGUGCUUAAUACGCUUAAGUAUCACUUACGCCAAUGUCAGGAAAUCCACGGUCGUGUUAUUUUUGGCAGCGGAGAGGCAGCGGCGCUUCGAAUGCUCUCCAUUGAGGAUCUUGAAGAGUCGAGUUCUGACGAGGAAGAAGAAAAUUAUAGCAGGAACCCUCGAUGCAAGAUUUGUAGGAGACGUUUUCAGGAUAUUGCAGCCCUCGAAAAUCAUUUAGAAACGGUUAGCCACCGUCAACAGAGUGUCUUGAAGAAGAUUAGAGAAUCAGUUGAGAAGCCUGCCCUUGUAUUGGAUAAAAAUGGAAUUAUGGUCACCUCCAUCCCUCAAGCUGACGAAAAUGGUGUCAUUGAGUUAAAUGUUGGAAAGGGAGAGGGUGGAAGAAUCACUUUGGUAGUGGAAAAUACAGGCACCGAGGAAGUUGAAUUGAAGGACAUAACUCUUUUGUGGAAAGUGAAUUUCUUUAUUUACUCGGAUAUAUCAUCAGUUGGACCAGAUCGAGGAAAUCUUUACGCAGGAAAAAGAAGUACAUUUUCUAUAGGCUGCAAAAAUCGACGCGAAUAUGGCUACUCUUAUGUACCAGUUGUGCUCACAUUCGAACUAAAGAAUGGCUCAGAAUUUCACAUCUUGAGGUUUUUAGCUGUGCAGAUUGUCAGCGAUCUGUUCGAGGAGCUUAGGCCGACUUCACGGUAUAGGACUCCUUCCAAAGCCCACAAGGUUCCAUGGGACGUCAAAACUACGAGGGGCCUGGCACUACCACCGCUGAGGCGAGAUGGCUUACGGAUGGAGAAAUUGGAGCGCUAUGAAGUCCCUCCCACUGUCAUUGCGCAGCAUGAUCGAAGGGGAAUCAGGGAACAGCUAGAAAAACCGCUAACUUUUGACAGCUACAAGGACAGGUUUCGUCUGCUUCUCCAGUUAGAGGAAAUUCAAAUGAAAAAGGACAUCAGGCACUACGAUCUGAAAGAGGUGGAAAUGGAAGAAGACAGAACUGACCGAAGGUUCCUUAUCCUGGAGGUACCAGGCCUUGCUGAAAACCGUCCAUCGGUGUUGCGUGGAGAUAGAAUUUAUGCAUACGAACAUGGUUUGCGCCAACAUCGCUACGAAGGAAUUGUACAUAAAGUUCAACUGCUGAACGUAAAACUUGGAUUUGAUAGGUCAAAAAUACCGUUUAUAAAGGGGAAAAAGUUCGACAUUCAGUUCACAUUCAACAGACUGACGGUGCAAAUGGAACAUCGCGCGUGUGAGCGGAUUGCGCCGGAGAGAAGGAAAGAAAUGCGACUAGUUCUUUUUCCACAACAAGAAAGUCUUGUUCGCAGACCCGAGAUUAAUAAAAGAGUCGACGAUAGAUCUUUUUACGAUCGCAACUUAAACGAUGAACAAAAGCAGGCGGUUCAGAAGAUUUUGUCAGGAUCUUCACGCCCUGCUCCUUACCUCGUGUUUGGACCCCCAGGAACUGGAAAAACUGUUACGUUAGUGGAAGCCAUCAAACAGGUACAUAAUCAAAUUGAGUCAAGUGUCAUUCUGGCGUGUGCGCCUGAAAACAGUGCUGCUGAUCUGUUAGCCGAGCGUUUACUGCUUCACGUUGACAAGGGAAAGUUGUUCAGGAUGUAUGCUGCAUCAAGACCUUGGGAAUUCGUGUCACAACCUCUCAAGGACGCCCAAGUGGUGAAUUUUGACCGAGUGACGCGUGAAGUGUAUUAUCCCUCAAAGGAGGAUUUGACGGAAAACUAUCGCAUAAUUGUUACUACUUUGGUAACGGCAGGAAGAUUGGUUUCUGCAUCAUUCCCUCGGCAUCAUUUCACGCACAUUUUCAUAGACGAAGCGGGGCAUGCAAGAGAACCUGAGUGCAUCAUCCCUGUGGCGGACCUCCUGGACCCUGAUAACCCCAGGGGCGGUCAGCUUGUGCUCGCGGGAGACCCUAAGCAGUUAGGGCCAAUCCUUAGGUGCAAAACAACACAGGAAUAUGGCCUCGGCAUUUCCCUUUUGGAGAGAUUGAUGACGUCAUGCAACACGUACUGGCGAAACCCAAACUACGAUCCAAAUCUUUUAACAAAACUUGUCAACAACUAUCGCUCACACAGAGACAUCAUCGAGAUUCCCAAAAAACUAUUUUAUGACGAUGAGUUAAAUGAAUGCGCUGGGGAUUUUAGGAACAUUAUGCUAAAUUGGGAGGAGCUGCCGAAUAAGCAAUUUCCGAUGAUCUUCCACGCGGUGUAUGGCAAAGACGAACGAGAAGAGAACAGCCCUUCGUUCUUUAACGUGACUGAGGUGGCAACUGUGGAAUUGUACCUGAAGAAACUUUUGGACGACAGAGAGAGAAGCAAACGGUUGAUGCACCUUAAACCUGAGAUGGUUGGAAUCAUUUCACCCUACAAGAAACAAGUGCAAAAGAUUCAGAAAAUGAUUGAAAAGAGACGACUCGGUUCAGGAAUCAAAGUCGGCAGUGUGGAAGAAUUCCAGGGACAAGAACGCAGAGUGAUCAUCUUGUCAACUGUUAGGAGCACUAACAAAGAUUAUCUUGACAUGGACAAGGAAUUUCACCUUGGAUUCCUAGACAACCCGAAGCGAUUCAACGUGGCUGUAACUCGUGCCCAGGCUCUCCUGAUUGUGAUAGGAAACCCAGACAUGCUUAGCAUGGAUGAAAACUGGACAAGACUUCUGGAGUACUGCAAUAAAAAUAAUGCUUGGGCUGGUGAGAAAAGACAAAACGAAGUUGAGAAUAUAGCAAACAUUCUGCGAAAACUUCAUCUCUAUCCACUAGAAUCAUCAGAAGUCGGAGAUUCAGAAGUCAGUCAACGUCUACUACAAGAGCACCCUGAGUGGCAGAGGCGUGAAUGAUUUUCUGUUGCACCUUGCAUUUAAUCACCUAAGAUUGUGCAACAACUCUUGGGAGUUGUUCCUGAAGCAAGUGAUGUCUACAAGGGUUACAAGCUCAGAUUCAAAAUUUUAAAGUUCUAACUAAGACAUUUAUUUGCAGUUGGAGUUGAUUUAACAUGGUUACAGGAAGGUGUUUGAACAUGGGAUAGGGGUAAUUCAAAGGUAUUAGAGGUGGAAAUAGUGAAGUAACAUAAGGGUGAUGUCAUUAAUUUUUAAAAUAUACAGUAAGUAAAAAAUAGCAAAUAAAAAUCACAACCAAAAAAAUCACAAAAAAACCAAAAAGGUUAUAGUAAUUAAAAAACAGAAAAGGGAACUAUGAAUGAGAGAAAUCUAAGUGCUUCAGAUGUUGAUUUUGCUUUGAAUUCUUCAAUUAAAAUUCGUGGCCUCCUUCCUCUUGCUACUCUAAAUUUGAUGUGGUAUGUACUGUCAAAAACUCCUUGUACAAAUUGGUGGCAUUCAAUUGUUAUCUAUUUUCUAUCAGUGACUAUUUAUUUUCAUAAAUCAGAGGGAAAAUGGUCCCAUAUAAUAUUAAGCACAAUUUAACUUUGAACUUUGCUGGAAAUAAGUAUCAUGAUAUUAUUUUUGGUAAGUAAUGAUGAUCUAUAAAAGUACAUUCAUGAAUUUAACAAGGAGAACAGUAAGUUGGAAAGAGGUGUGGACAAAAUAUAACCAGCAUAUAUGAUAUAUGAAUAAAACCUUCAUUUACAAUACAGUGUUCAUUUUGCUAAA